UCUAGUUGCAGUACGACAGUUUCUGGCAAAACGAUUCAAACCUUCAACAGUAAAAGUAUUAUUUCGUUCUAGUACCCGUAAAGUGCAGUAUUCUUACCACCCGGCAUCACAUUUUCCUAAAUUUUCGCCAUAUUUUUAGCCAGUGAUUGACAAUCACUAAGUAUACCAUCGACUUUUAGAUACUUAGACACUCAAAAACUAUACAUCGUAACAUGUAUAUCAAACUCUUUUUCUUGGCGUGUACGGUCAUGGCGUUCACGUCUGCACGCCCUCAACAAUUGCCGUUAUCUCUAGUGCCGCCAAUCCAACAGGGUUUCGUAGCACCGCCACAAAACAACGCCAUAAAUCCUUCAAUCAAUUCUAUCAGCAAGCCAACUAAUCCUAUUGUGGUGGCCGCGUUCCAGAGAGAUGCUUUGUUGCCUCCGCACAUGCAAAAUGCGUUUUACAAAAACCCGAAAAUAGCAGAACAUUUGGCCCAAAACAGUUGGUUUGGCCCUGGCGAGCAACAUGCUGUUGAUAGGGAAACAGAAAAAAUCCCUAGAGAGAAAAUCUUUCUCAUCCUAAAAAACGCAGGACUAUUACCCUCUCCUUAAUUCAGAAUAAUAGGAUUAUCAUUAAUAUUUAAUUCAAAUUUAAUAUAACACGUUAGGUUAACUGUAGCUAAAUUUUAUAUUCUUUUCGAUCAAACGUUUAGUUUGUUUUUUGUAUAUUUUUUUCUACUGAACGUUAUUUUAAACAAUAGUAAAUUAUGGUGUGUUUUACCUAAACAUUUUUUUUUUAUUAUUAUUAUUAUUUAUAGUGUAUAUUAAUUUAAUUAAAUAACAUCGUUUAUGCGUGUUUGUAUAUUGUAUUUUGUAAAUAGUAAAUAAUUUUUGUAAAAUUAUAUUAUAUUUUAUCUUUGUUUUUGUAAGUCAAA